AUGACGAUGGCGCCAGAUAGCCCGAGCCGGGACAAUGAUGAGAACGUUCCGCCAAAUCAGAUUCCAUUACAGGACCUCUCCAAGUCAGGAGAGGCCCACGAGCGUGGCAGAGCUCGCGCGGGGACCAGUCUCUUUUCACGACCAUCGCUAGUCAGAAGGGGGUCGCGGAAGGACUAUGAGAGUGUCGCAGAGGAUUCCCCCGUCGAUUCGGCUGGACCGAGUAGGAAUCCAUUCCAACAGCCGCGGGCUGGCUUCACCGACGUGACCUCGCCGAUUGACGACCUUGGAGGGUUCGCGCAAGCGAUGUCAUCAGUGGGCCUCAGCUUCGAUGCACCGCAGUCGAGGGCGUCCAUCAGCGGGCCUUCCACGUCUCAUGGCUUCGACGAUGCUGCCUCCGACCUCGAUGUCAUCCCCCUCGAUCCGUACGAUCCCCACGACCCGCACGGUGGCUACAAUGCCCCCGCGGACGAAGACAGGGUAGGCCUGACCGAUCCUCGAUACCUCCAACCGAUGAGCGGCGCGGCCGGCACAGAGAGACGGAGUACAGACACUGGGGGCCACUCUUCACAUUUAAGUGGUUCACGACUCGGCGAUGAUCUCCCCCAUCUAGAAGAGGGACUAGGAAGCCGUCGCGGCAGCAGUGCGCGGGAUCGCUCGCGCUCUUUGUCUCCGUCAGCCUCGGGAGGGGCGCUGCAGCGUGCCAGCUCCAUGGUCAAAUCCAUGUCACAGCGUGUGGUUAACCUGAGUAACGAACCGGAAGUCGUGCAACAGACGAUUGAGAGAGAAGAACUCAAUAAGAAUGCGCGGAUGGAUGGGCCCCCGGUUUUGCCUGCGAUGGUCGACUAUGAUGAGAUCUCCAACCAACAGGCCGAAGCCGCUCGCGAAAAGCGCGCAAGCAAGAUGUGGAAACAGCGAAAUAACCCGUUCAAAGGCAGGUCGCUCGGCCUUUUGGGACCAAACAAUCCACUGCGCCUGUGGCUAUGUGAUAUAUUGGUGAACUCGUACACGGAGCCUUUUAUUCUCAUCGUCAUUGUCAUCCAAACCAUCUUAUUGACGGUGGAAGACUCCCUAGCUAGCUACGCAAGACCGUUGGCAUGGGGCGACAACAACCUCGAUUAUGUUUUCCUUGUCAUAUUUAUCAUUUAUACCCUGGAGAUCGGCUCCAAGAUCCUGGUAUCUGGAUUCAUCUUCAAUCCCGUCGAGUACAGCACACUGAACCGCAGCCUCGGCGUCAGGAAAGCCAUUGCAGAGAAGGGCAGGAACCUGAUUACACCACACAGGCAGAUGACGACCAAGAAAUCAUCAGUACUGCAGGCCGAGCCACAGGCCUCCAUUCUGCGUACGUUCACUGGGAUGAACGCGCUGGAUACCGAAGUCUAUGAUGAUCCUUUGCACAAGCGUCGUGUCAGGCUUGCCCAUCGUGCUUUUCUCCGACACUCUUUUAACCGCUUGGAUUUUGUCGCCGUGGUUGCCUUUUGGGUAUCCUUUGUACUUACAUGGUCCGGUGCCGAGAAGACGCACCAAUUGUACAUUUUUCGCAUGCUGAGCUGUCUUCGCAUUUUGCGUCUUUUGGCUAUGACAAACGGCACUUCGGUAAUCCUUCGAAGUCUCAAACGAGCGGCACCUCUGCUAGUUCAUGUUGCUUUCCUCAUCGGGUUCUUCUGGCUUCUGUUUGCCAUCAUUGGGAUCCAGAGCUUCAAGUCUAGCUUCAGGAGGACUUGUGAGUGGAUUGACCCCGAAGGGGGGAGCAAUUACUCCUUGAAUGACGCAUGGGACACUCUGCAGUUCUGUGGAGGGUAUCUGGAUGGCACGACCGGAGAGAAGAGGCCGUGGCUUGACCCCUACGGGAAUGACUCCGGAUUUAGCCCGAAAGGAUACAUCUGUCCCCAAGGCUCCGUCUGUGUGGAAGGUGUUAAUCCAUACAAUGGAACCAUGAGUUUUGAUAACAUUGUGCACUCCUUGGAGCUUGUUUUUGUCAUCAUGAGCUCCAACACUUUCACCGACCUGCUAUACUACACCACCGAUAGCGAUUAUCUCGCAGCUGCUUUGUUCUUUGCCUGUGGCUUCGUCAUCCUGAGUUUGUGGCUUGUGAAUCUGCUAGUUGCGGUGAUCACGCAUUCAUUCCAAGUCAUCCGAGAAGAAAGCAAGCGCAGUGCUUUUGCUGUUCAGCAAAUCGACAAUGUCGAUGAGGACGAGACGAUGGCUCGAGGGCCUAGUCCGCUCAAACGCCUCUAUGAUCGUACCAACUGGAUCUGGAUCUGCCUGAUUAUUUUCGACCUUAUAGUGCAAGCACUGAGAAGCUCCUCAAUGUCCGCUUCUCGGGCCAAGUUCAUCGAUACCACUGAGCUUGUCAUGACCCUGAUAUUCCUCGUCGAGAUCAUCUUGCGAUUCGCAUCGGAUUGGCGAACCUUCCACCGACGACAACGUAAUUUGGUAGAUCUGUUUCUCGUGAUCAUCACCUGUGUGAUUCAACUGCCACCCAUCAGAAACUCAGGCCGCCCAUACACAGUCCUUACGCUCUUCCAGAUUCUCCGAGUCUAUCGAGUUGUCCUAGCUUUCUCUGUGACCAGAAAGUUGAUCGUGGUCGUGUUCGGUAAUACCGUGGGUCUUCUCAACCUGAUCUUCUUCCUCUUCUUGAUGACAUUCCUGUCUGCCAUCUUUGCGACACAGCUCUUCCGAAGUCAAAUUCCAGAGGAAGAUCCAGGCGGAAACCCCAUCAUGAUUCAGUUUUCGAACAUAUACAACUCGUUCCUGGGAAUGUACCAGAUUCUUUCAAGUGAGAACUGGACCACCAUUCUCUACAAUGCAACCUCAUCCACUACUCAUUUCAACACAGCCUGGAUCUCGGCCGCGUUCCUCGUUCUUUGGUUUAUCGUUGCCAACUUUAUCAUUCUAAACAUGUUCAUUGCUGUCAUCCAGGAAAGCUUUGAUGUGUCAGAAGACGAAAAACGAAUGCACCAGGUCCGUACCUUCUUAGAGCAGAAGCAAGUUCAUGGAGCUCCCCAGGGAAACCUUGCGCUCUCAAAGAUUCUUCGACUGGGGCGAGACUCAGCCCGUUAUAAAGAUCCACUUGACUCAGGCCCUGCGGCGAUGGCAUUGCUGCUGAAGGAUGCCGUGGUGACUGAGUUCCUGGACGAGGAAGCUUCCCAGGCGGAACAUGAUAGACCAAAGGGCCCACGGAGAGUAAGCACAAUGCCAGAAGGGGCCGCGCAAGAUACCAUCCAGCCGGGCUGGAUCUCAAUGCUGUGGACAAAAGCCAGCACGCUCGUUAUGCGCCGGGAACCGAACCCUUUCUAUUCGAAGCUGAAGUUCUCUCGUGCUUAUGAAGAGCUCGACCCACGAACAAUGGCUCAAGAAGUUGUCACUGCGGCAGAGCAACGGAAACGGGAUCAGCGGGAUUAUUUGAUCAAGCAUCCUACUUACAACAAGUCACUUUUCCUCUUCGAGCCGGCUCAUCCUGUUCGAAAGAUCUGCCAAAGGAUCGUCGGCCCAGGCCGUGGUCAUCAGCGAGUUGAGGGUGUUGAUCCUUAUAAGCCAGUUUGGUACUGCUUUUCCGCUUUCAUUUACGCGGCAAUCGUCGCCAUGGUUCUUCUCGCUUGCAUCACGACGCCAUUGUACCAGAGACAAUACUUCCGAACUGACCGCAACUGGUUCGUCUAUACAGAUCUGGGAUUUGCCGUUGUUUUCACGGUCGAAGCGUCCAUCAAAGUGAUCGCCGACGGAUUUUUCUGGACACCAAACGCGUUCUUCCGAAGCUCCUGGGGAUUCAUCGACGGUAUUGUGCUGAUCACCCUUUGGAUCAGUGUCGGUGGCUCCCUUAAAGAGGAUUGGAAUGUUUCCAGAGCCAUUGGCGCCUUCAAAGCGCUGAGAGCACUCCGCUUGUUGAAUGUCAGUGACAGUGCCAAAGAUACUUUCCAUUCAGUAAUCAUUGUUGGAGGAUGGAAAGUUGUGGCUGCUGCCGCCGUUUCCAUGAGUUUCCUGAUCCCAUUCGCGAUUUACGGCGUCAAUUUGUUCAAUGGACAGUUGGUCAGCUGCAAUGAUGGUGAUUUCACCGGAAAUUUGACUAACUGUGUGGGUGAAUACUCGAGUUCGCCGUAUAAUUGGGAUGUCCUUGCUCCUCGGGUGCCCGCAAACUCAUACUAUGACUUUGAUAAUUUUGGUGACUCUCUCUUCAUUCUGUUCCAGAUUGUGUCUCAGGAAGGUUGGAUUGACGUCCAGGAACAUGUCAUGGGCAUCACUGGAAAGAUGAUGCAGCCACAAGACAUGAUCGCGCCUGAGAACGGCUUGUUCUUCGUCAUUUUCAACUUGCUUGGUGCUGUGUUUGUCUUGACGCUGUUCGUUUCUGUGUUCAUGCGCAACUACACUGAGCAAACUGGUGUUGCCUUUUUGACAGCUGAGCAACGCUCUUGGUUGGAGCUGCGGAAACUUCUCCGACAGAUCUCGCCCUCAAAACGCUCCUUCGAUGACAAGAGCAAGAAGUUCCGGCUCUGGUGCUAUCGCAUCUCGGUCAAAAAAACCGGUCGUUGGGCGUGGUUCGUGACAUCCAUUCUCUGCAUCCACUUGCUCUUACUUGUGGUCGAGUACUACCCCGAGCCUGUUUGGUGGGAGACUACGCGAGCUAUCAUAUUCUUUGUAUUCAUGUUUGUCUAUGUGGCAAAUAUCUUGAUCCGACUGAUUGGCCUUGGAUGGCAUCGUUUCAGCCGAAGUUCGUGGGACAUUUACUCUUUAAUCGCCGUCCCUGGCGCUGCUGUUACAUGCAUCUUGGAUCUCUCAUACAAUACACAUGUCGUGGUGGAGCUUAACAAGCUUUUCCUUGUCUCUGUCGCUCUGCUGCUCAUCCCGCGCAACAACCAGCUUGACCAACUUUUCAAAACAGCCGCAGCCAGUCUGUCGGUGAUUGGAAACCUUCUCGCCACUUGGUUCGUCUUGUUCUUGGUGUUCGGCAUCGCGAUGAACCAAGCAUUCGGCCUUACGAAAUUCGGCGACAAUGAAGAUCACAAUCAGAACUUCCGGGAUGUACCCAAAUCUCUGAUUUUGCUUUUCCGAGCGAGUUGUGGAGAAGGCUGGAACGAGUAUAUGGAGGAUUUUGCUACGAUGGUCCCACCCAUGUGCACGUACGACUCCAACUUCCUUGCAUCUGAUUGCGGAAGUGCUGCAUGGGCCCGGUGCCUCUUCAUCGCAUGGAACUUGAUCAGCAUGUACAUUUUCGUCUCCCUCUUUGUUUCACUGAUCUUCGAGAGUUUCUCCUACGUGUACCAGCGGAGCAGCGGGCUCUACGCAAUCAGCCGUGAAGAGAUCCGCCGGUUCAAACAAGCGUGGGCUACGUAUGAUCCAGAUGGCACGGGCUUCAUAUCCAAAGAUCAGUUCCCGCGUCUACUGGGUGAGCUCUCAGGCGUUUUUGCGGUACGCAUCUACGAGGGUGAAUUCACGGUUGGUAGGAUCUUGGAGAAGUGCCGAGUGGAACCUCAGAGAAACUCCAUGGUUUCAAUGGCGAGGACCUCGAUGGUCUCGUUGAAUGAGCCCCGGCAAUCUUUGAGGCCAAACUCCCGUGUUUCGGCUGGCGUGGAUCUUGACGAGCUCUCUCGUAUCAUUGCCAGAAUCCCGGUCCAGACGAUUCGAGAACGGCGUGCCCGAUUGAACACCUUCUAUGAAGAGAUCCUUGUGUCCGCAGACCCCGACCGCGGCAUUUCGUUCCAUCAGUGCCUGAUGAUUCUCGCGCAUCACAAUGUGAUCAGCGAUAGCAAGAGCCUGCGUCUGGAGGAAUUCUUGCGUCGCCGGGCCCGACUCCAGCGUGUGGAAGAGGCCGUUCGUCGCAACACCGUCGUUGGUUUCUUUGACACUCUGUACUGGUCUCGGCAAUUCCGCCGCCAGAUCGAGCGCAAGAAGAACGGUCGAUUGAGCGUGAUUCCAACCUUCACCGUCCCCGAGAUCUUUGUCGACGAAGGCGACGAGGCUGGAGAUCAAGACCAAUUGGCUUCUGGCGCCGUGACGCCGCAGACCCAGCCCGACCUCGACUCUGGUUUCCCACCCAUGCUCUCGCCUGUUUCGCAACACCGACGGGCUGAGUCGAGCCCCAGCGGGCGGCAUGGAACUCUUCCGCGCCUCGAUACCAACCUUGGUGGGCUUGGAUCUGGCUCCAGUACACCCACGAGGGAAUGGUCCAGUAUCAGUCCAUCGCGCACGCCGCGGGAGAUGUAUGGCAACCGCACUUCCUUUGACACGACUGAAACGCAUGAGACAUCUUCGGCCCGUCAUUCUCGCGAGAACAGUGCGAUGAAUGCGCAAGACGUCAUGAAUUCUCUGGACAACUCCGCCUGGGGCGAAAGUAUCCGGCGUAGUUUCACGCAUCGACGGCCGGGGGACCGAACCACUGAAUAG